GGAACUAGAGGGCAAAUCCUAUCAGAAAAGUGGAGACAGGAAAGAUCCAAAAGAAUAUCUUCUUCUUAUUUCAAAGAAAUUGUAACCAGACGACAUACAACGCGAACUGCCAACCUAGUGAAAAGAAUUGUGUAUGAAAACACGACAGCAUGCGAGGCAAUGCAAUAUGGUUUAGCUAAUGAAGCUAAAGCUCUGGCGCAAUAUGAACAUGACAAACAAUUAUAUGUUCAUAGAUGCGGAUUAUUUAUAGAUCCCGCAAACCCUUUCCUGUGCACUUCCCCUGAUGGUCUUAUUGGAGACAUCGGAUUAGUGGAGGUAAAAUGCCCGUACUCAGCUAGAGAUUCCACUAAUCUUAAGGAAUUCUUUAAACAGAACAAACAGCAGGGAUUAAAAUGGAAUGCAAAUGGUUCAUUUUACCUUCCAGAUACUCACAAAUAUUACUUUCAAAUUCAAGGUCAGUUGAAUAUUACUAACCGAAGUUGGUGCGAUCUUUUUUAUUGGUGCCAAGGAGACACAUUAACUGUUAGAAUAGAGAAAAACGAGAAAUUUUGGAAAAAUAUUCUUCCCAAACUCAAUUCAUUUUUCUUUGACUGUGUGUUACCCGAAAUUUUAGAUCCCCGGGCUACAAGGAAUAUGACACUUAGGGAACCAUAUUAUAUAAUAGAAAAAGUAAAUAGUAAAAAAGGACUGAAAUCGAGAAAGCUAAAUACAGAAAAAACUGAAACUAAACUCAAACAUAAGAAGACUAAGAACAGAAGAGUUGUCUCUACAGAUGCAUCUGAAAGUCAAACCAAUACAUCCCAAUCUAAACGAAUUAGAAAACCCAAAAUUAUAUUUGAUUUAUAAAAAAAAUUAGAAAUUAAAAAAAAAAUAAUGCUGUGAAAAUACUUCAACUAAGCUCUCAUGCUGGGAAUGAACGAUUUUUGUUCUCUGAAACUGUUUUUUCCGCUUUAGUCGCAGACAGCAUCUAGACAUUAGUGUAUAUAUGUAUAUUUAUAUAGAAAAUAUAUAUAUUUAUAUAGAAA